GGAGCAACCGGCUGCCUGCCUGUCAGUCCUGUCUGGUGUGUGCACCGCGCGUCCGCGCGUCCGCCUGGCUGCCUUCGUCUCGCCCAGAACGCGUAGGCGCAGCAACAAACUAGGAAGCAACACCCAGCUGCCUCGGCGCAACCCGUCCUCUUCUACUCCAGAGGCACCUCGGCAUCCGCCGACCGGUUUCCGAGAGGUUUGCUGGAGUGCACCAGCGGUGGGGCAGCAAAUCUGUAACUGACACACGAUGAAUCAGGAGGCGAAGGACUCGAGGCCCUCAAGGUCUCCCAGCGAGCCAAACCUCUUCCUGCAAUGGGGCAGCCGGAAGAGGCUGCGAUGCGUCAAGACGCGUGACGAUGGCUCGCCAUCGCCGUCGCCGUCUGAAGGUCUUAGACGCGCCAUACCCCGUGCUACUAGGCCCCUCCUUGGAGCUGACAUUGCGGCAUUCCGGCGCCCUAGCACCUUUAACCGCAGGUGUAGUUUCACCGCUUUGUUUUCACUGCCCACUACAACUACAAUAUACAUGAGCAAGUGCCCUGAGCCCCAGAGGCCCCUGAUACAUUAUGCAAAAUGCCUUUCUGUCAGCAGGAAAUCAGAUUCACUAGUGAACGAGUACAGGCACUCGAUGGCGCUAUCGCUGGAGAAGGACAAGUAUUACACAACGAGGGGUUCACCGUUCGAUGGAAACGGGUUCGACUUUGGUAGCAUAGCUGAGGAGAAGGGAACCACCGCGUUGCCUAGAUUCUUCGUAGCAUUGUCGAACAAGGAGAAGGAGGAGGACUUCAUGGCAAUGAAGGGCUGCAAGCUGCCACAGAGGCCAAAGAAGCGGCCCAAGCUGAUGCAGAAGUGCUUGCUUGUAAUGCUCACUCCACUGAUUCAGUCUGUAAGUUUUCACUUCCAUUGCUAUGACCAUGCUCAUCCUUUUGACCCUGCCUUCUGCUUUAUUUCUGGACGAACUAUAGAUGGUGAGCCCAGGAGCUUGGUUAUCAGAUUUGUCGCAUGAGAGAUAUGAAGUUAGAGAGAAGAAGAGUUCUAAAAAGAGAGCUAGAGGCUUGAAGGCUUUGACCAUGGAGAGUGAUUCAGAGUAGAGGUCGAGGCAAAUGAAUUUUUGGGCUUGACUUCAGCUGGUGGCAAAAAACUGUAGUUUAGGUGGCACUGCCUGCUGCUUAUCAGACAAACCUCAGCAUCUAAUUUGGUGCUAUGAGUGCUCUGAUCAAGAUCUAUUGAUGUCAACAGCAAAGAGCAUGUUAGAUUCCUGAUCUAGUGGGAAACCUGCAGCUCCAUCUGUGGGCACCUUUGUGAGAAACAAUGGAAGCUGGAUAGUGGAUACAGUAUAUGGUUUCUCAAAAUUAUAUAGGGAGGAAUGUUCAGCCGUUCAGAAACAAUGAAAGCUGGAUGUUGGCUGAGAAUCAAUGAAUUAUGAUGUUUAAUUGUCAUAAACUUGUAGCUGUAAGAUCUAUGGUGAAUACAGAACACUCAAUCAAGACUGAUCAAUGGCGCUCCCUCCCAAAUCCUAAUAGCGCUCUAUAGCCGCCAACCGCCACCGGCUCCGCUCUCGGCCGGCCUCCCCAGUCCGCACCACCUACCCCCACGCUCCAGUCCCGGGCGCUGCUCCGCCUCCGCUCCUCUCCCUCCUCCCUCCCCCCGCGCGGAACCGGAUCCAAGCGAGUCCGGCCUGGAGGAGAAUAUUUGUGUUUAUGCACACCCCAACGUUGACUCCUCUAAAAUGCCCGGCAGAGAGAAAAACUGGUGAUGUCAGAUGGGCAUUUUAUUAAGGAGCCAACUUAGGGUGUGCGUAAACCCUAAAUAUUCUCUUGGUGGUGGUGGAAACCCUAGCUGUCGAAUCCGCCGCCGGCGAGACGGCUGCCGCCCAGGCGCCUCAGCGGAAGAAAGAGACGCUCCAUGAGCUGCUCUCGAGGCACAAG